CUUCAGACCGAGACUUUUGGAUCUUCACGCUCACACACACCCACCCAUCUUCAUCCUCACCACCAGGGCGAGCCAACGCAAGGAACCCUGCAUUUUAUAACAUCGACAUCUUUUCGACCCAACCUCAACAAUGGCUGAUCAAUCCGCUGCCUGGCCCUUGGCCGACGAUGCUCUUCAGCAGGAGAUCCUGGACUUGGUCCAGCAGUGCCAGCACUACCGCCAGCUGAAGAAGGGCGCCAACGAAGCCACCAAGACCCUCAACCGUGGUGUCUCCGAGCUCAUCAUCCUCGCCGCUGAUACCAACCCUCUCAGCAUCGUUCUUCACCUGCCUCUCCUCUCUGAGGACAAGAACGUUCCCUACGUCUACGUCAAGUCCAAGACCGCCCUUGGUCGUGCCUGUGGUGUCUCUCGCGCUGUCAUUGCUGCCAGCAUCACCUCCAACGAGGGCAGCGAGCUCGCUGGGCCCAUUCGCGCUCUCCGCGACAAGAUCGAGAGACUUGCUAUCUAAGAUACCCACGAUAUUGGAUGUUGGGCGGCAAUUACGUUAUAGCUUGGAGGUACUACCGAACAAUUUAGGAUGGAAAAGCCUGAACUGUUGCUAGGUGUCGACUAGUUAUUCUCGAGUUGAGGGUGUCUGAUUGCAUCGCCUGUAGAGCGGCUAAAUGGCUAUGAAAGUGGUUUCAUUGCUGCGAGUACGGUUGACUGCUACGAAUAGCCAGCGCCUGGAAAAGCGUCAAUUGAUGAUCGUCGAAAAAAAAUUAAAAUUUAAAAAAUAUCACAUAUGCAAUAGUCAGCGAUUGUGCAGGUAACGGUGCCUGGUUGGAACAAGUGCAUGAACU